UGUAAAUGUCACUUGUGCCCACUUUAAAAUGCUACUUCUAUUUUGGUUAAUACGUUUUUUUAUAACAAUUACUCCUCAAAGCUGUUUUCAUUUUGUUUUCUCACACAAUAAACUGCUACAGAAUACUCUAAUAGUUAUAUUUUAGUACCACACAGAGCAGCCGUCCUCCACACUAUGAUGACAUGUUGCUGGGCGCACUCUCUGGCGUAACUGGCCAGGGUGUCACACACUGCUGAGUCUCUCUCUUUGGGCGGGAGGCUGCAGAACAGGUAGAGACAGGUGUCUUUGUAUGCUGCUGGGUCCACCUGAAAGAAACAAAGACACAAGCUUAAAGAAACCAACAAAAAAAGGAUUAUGUAUUUGCAACAAGCAGGCGUGUGCAAAAUCAUUCAUGAGUCCUGCACACAGUGGACUAACAAUGCAGAGAGACUGUGGUGAUUAUUUUUUAAAUGUAAUUAUGAAUAAAAUGUGCAGUCUUUACAGACAUGCAUCAACAACAUGCAUCAACAAAUCAAACAGAAAAUUAUCAAAAGGAAUACUUCAUAAUUUGAAAGAGUGAUCUAGUUGUAGAUUCUAGGUCAAACUUGAGAAGUGCCCUAUAUUAACACCACCAUAUCAUAAUUUGUUAACUAUUUAUCAGAGUUUUAUAAGCUCUGUUAAUCAUUGUUGCAUAUAAGUGCAAGUUGCUCACAAUGACACCUGAUUAAUUAUCUAUUCUUUGAAGCUUUUUCAUAUAAAGAUCAUGCUGUGCUUAGCUUUCCAUUGAAUGAAACUUAAAAUCUGAUUGUCAUGACAUGUGACUGUGAUUCAUAGCUGGGUUGUCUAACCCGGUGGUGACAGUGUGUGAAGGGGUCCUCCAGCAGUCGGUGACACACUGAUUCAGCAUGUCUGCGUAGUGCAGGGUCUCCUGAGACAUCACAGCUGUGACCCAGCUCAGCGGCAUCACUGCAGGCCUGAGGGGAAACAAAGAGAUACCAAUUGCAGAGGGUCAGACUAAUGAAAAUACUUAGUUGUUUGUUUCAAAUGAAGAAGUACCACAAAACAAUAUAUAUUUAUGUCAAAUUCAAACUUUUUUCAACUGUUGAUAGUAGUUUCUAAACUUUUGGACCAUAUUUGAUGCAUCAAAUUGACUGAGAGCUCAAUAAUUUCAUUUUGCUGUUUAAUCAACAACAAAAAAACUGUGGGAGCAAUAAUCUGUUGUCCUAUAAAAAGGAAAAUACUCAUGUAAUGUCAUGCAUGUGGUGUAAUGUGCUGUACUUCAUUCUGCUGGUCAGGAACUUUCCAUGAGUUGCCAAAGCUGGCAGCAUACUGGGAUAGGGUGCCACUCAUGGUUGUGAAGUCAUCUAUGGCAAAAACACACAAACAGGUCAAAAUGAGAUAAUUGAGUUAAGAAAAAUGUAAGAAUAAAGAGCCCCAAGUCAGAAAGGUUAAGUUAGAAAAUGCUUAAUGUUACACUAUGAUUUUGACUUAAAGCUCCUGUAAGGAACUUUUGGUUUGAGUCAGUUUGGCGCCCCCUGUGGACAAAGCAAUCUUUGCUUAUCUUGUCUUCACCAUGCUUAGACAGUAUCUUCUGACAAAGAAAUCCUGCUCAAAUAUAUAUAUAUAUUUGUGGAUAUAUAAUUUGGAAAAUACAAAAACAGGGCUUUUUUGAAUGGCUCCACUGACAACUUCCCCCUUGCACUUGUUUCAGGCAUCAAAAAUAACUGAAUAAAUAAAAAUCGUCAGCCUUGUCAAUGAUCGUCUUGUUCGCAUUUGUAUAUCAUACACGGCAUCAAAAUGGACAGUACAAUAUUUUAUAAAUGUUAAAAAACUCCCCACAGGAGCUUUAAGAGCUUCCAAUGUGCACUUCCCAUACCGUCAACGUUGUUGUUGUACACUCCGCAGAGUCCCCUAGUGGCAGCCAGGUGCUCCGCAGUGACUGUCAAGUAGACCGUGUUAGUCAGGUCAAACUUCAGUCUCACUCCCAGACCGCUCUCCACAAACACAAAGUCCCCAAGCCAAUGAACACUCACUCCUGGAAAAGGACAAAGAAUAACAGAGCGUGAUUAAAGCUUAGUUACUUUCUGGAUAACUUUAGAAUGAAGUGUGUUUCCCUUCUGUUAGGAUGACCAUAUUCUGAAACCCAAGAAAGAGAACACCACUACACAGGGCGGAGACAUACGUAGUAAAAUUUUUUUCAGGUCGGGUCAAGUGUUUUUUACGCACUUCUAACUCAGUUAGUCCACACUACACAAGCUCAAAACUUCCAUACAAAACCCUGGACAUUUGAGGGAUUUUAUAAUCUCCCCCAGACAAAGGCGAGACAAGCAUGACAACCCCCCCAAAACGAGGACAUGUGCAGGUAAAAGAGGAUGUAUGGUCACCGUACCGUCUGUGUAAUAACCAUGACUAUGAAGUAGCCUGAUGACCUCAGUGGACAUUUUGUAAUUAUGUGAUUAUGGUCCCAGUCACUAAUUUUAUGUCUACAGCAUACCCUAGUUUAUCAACAAUAAAACAAGGCCUGUUUUAGUGUGUUUCUUAGUUACAACCACAGUAGAUGCAAUGCAAAUACUGUAUUAUAGACCAAGACCUAUCAGCCAACCAUCCAAAUGCUGCACUAUGCUAUCCAAAAAGUGUACAAAGGAAAUAAGCCAAAUGGUGCAAUGAGACCUGAAAGAUUCACUGUCUUUUUAGUAUAAAAACAUCGCUUUAACUGGUUUAGUGCAAACCUGUCCUGGUGCAACAGGAGAAAAUCUGAAAUUAUCACCUUUGGUGUGGUCUCAGACAAUGCGUUGUUACAUUUACAAUAUCAGGCAAGAAAUGUUACCAGGAGAAAGCUUCAUACACAGCUCACCAUUUUGGAAGAUUGGUUCACCAUGUGGGACAGGAAGGUUGUUCAGAGUGAGGUUGUUGUGAUGAAUGGUGACCAAAUCUAGGCCCAACAUCAUCCUCAAAGCCUGGGAGCAGGAGGGUAUGAACACAGAACAAGUUGAGAGCAGUCUUUCAUUGAUAAGAAGGCACAUUAUGGCACUAGCAAAUAACAAAAAAAAGCCUAAGCAAAAACCAGUUUGAACCGGCACCAGUCUGACCUUCCGCAAUUAACAGCAAUUUUCCCUUUUUGAUAAUGCAGCUAAACUCUGCCUUGUAUCACACCUUACUGCAGUGUCCUCCCUCAUCACAGACUGUGCUGAUGUAGACAGCCCAGGUGCCAUCAGUGGAUGAGGCCAGCAGGUAAGUGCAGCUGCCCUGAAAGUGGAAGUGCUUCCUGUCAAAAGUGCGGUAGUGGGCCCCACCCCAGGACAUGCAGGUAGCUGAGCUCUGAGGCAACCUAAGGCUGCCCAGCAGACCACCCCGCACCAGAGGGGAAGAUUGGGAGUCUGCAGAGGAGAGACAGAAGAGUUUUCUGUUACAUUACAUACAAGCAGUGUGCUGCUGCAAACUUUUUGGUGUGAAAAAUCUAAGAUGCAAUCAUGCAAAAGUGGAAGUGUCAGAUAUCUUCACACCAGGGAGGAGAGUGUAGGUGCAGGACAGGCAGGUCUGAUCUGAGGCAUUCUUCCAGCUCAGACCCCAAAGGCUGCCGCAGCACUGCUCAAUGGGCAUCAGAGAGGAGUUAUGGACUCCAGGGAAGUCCUCACAACUCCAAGUAGAGUAACACUGGCCACGCACACCCACACCUGUGAGGAUGAGAUUAGAUGAGCAGAAAUGUUGAAGAGAUGCAAAACAUUAAAAUUAAGACAAGAAAAAAUGGCAAAUGGAAAACGUCGGCUUUAGUUGCUGCCUCAAGCGAAUAAGAAAUGGCAAAUCAAUAUUUUUUUUUUUUUGGUGAAAUCCCAUCCCAGACAAAAUUAUUCUGAGACUCAAAGCAGGUCAAUACUGUGCUCUUAGUGUUACUGUUAGUGAGGGAUAUGUUUAUCAACUGUGGGAGCUUUUAUUUUUAUUUUUUAGCAAUUUUAUGGCCUCACCCUCAGAGCAGCGUGGUCCACCCCAGCCUUCACAACACGCCCUCACUGUCUUAUUCAUUGUCUGGUUUUCCAUCUCUGGUGGUCUGUAAAAAAACAGGCAUGUCAGGCAGAGGAUUCAAAUGUUUAUGUCUCUGCAUUGUUAAGACUUUAAGAUUCACAAAGGGAUUAGAGGGCCAUAUUUUUAUGAGACACAGAGUUUUUCUCCAUUUCAUGAAAGUUUUAUCUCCUGCAGUGCGUUCAUUUUAAAAGUAUUACACAGGAGAAAUUAACACACAAAUAUGUUUCUGUAAUUUUCCUUCACUUACACUCAGUCUGCUAAUGUGCAUUGUGACAAAAUAUACCAAAACAAAUGAACAUAAUGCAGAGUUUUCUCACAUUCAGGUUGUCUGACAGUACCCAAAGCCUAACCCACUCAUAAGUAAGGGCCAUCAGAGGUUUAAGAAAAGAAGAACUGUAAAAUUUGAACCUGUAACACAAAGGUCUCACUUUCCAACAAAAAAUAACACACUCUUGAAUAAGGAAAACCCCUUUAUCGAUUUUCAAUGGACAUGACAGAUGUAUAUUUCUUUUAAACACACCAGACAGAGAAAAAUUAAUCCAGUCAGGCAUAUAUCAGCCCCCCUGAUGAGGAACCAACAACCCGCCAAGUCUUAGAGUCUGAAACAUUAAGACACAAUUUACCAAACUUUUCUCCACUUACUUGUACAUGAAACAGGAUGCCCUGGGACCCUGUUGUUUGUAGUAGAGUGCGAUGCCAUCAUCGCCUCCAUGUUUAACUCGCAUCCUGUCCACAUCCAGCCUCCAGCCUUCAGUGUUGUACCGAUACACCUCAGUGCAGCUCACCUCAAGCUGCAGCCGUGGAGACAAGAUUCGUUCCACUUUCUCAACCACUGUGUGCUCACACCAGUGUCUGUGCAAAAAUACAAAGACUUGUUUGUAUUUUUGUUGACUUGACCUGUGGGUAAAGUGUCUGUCAAAGCUAAAAAAGCAUUGGCAUAUGUUUGAGUUCUGAAUUCAAAGGCCAGUAAAUAAACUUUGUGCUUCUACAGGGAUAAAGACUCUCCAUUUAAACACAAAAAUGCAUCAGCAACAAAAUUAAUGAGUGAGACAUUCAGGCAUGAUGUGACUGUAUGAACAAAUUCUUCAUUGUUCCUAAAAUUCUAAUCAGUAACUUUGCUCUUUGCAGCAGAUUUUCCAUGUAGCUAUUGAAUCAAAUUACUUUCACAGUCCUCUCAUCAUCCUUCCAUUUCCAUACGACCUUUAUUGCCAUUUUGUCCACCAGAUUAUCUCUCGACACAUUAAUGUACUUCCUGAGUGUACCACUACAAGAACUGGAAAAUUUGCCAUCGCAUAUGUGAUCCAUUUUGACAAACCCUGUUACAAAACAGUGGUGAGAUAUUUAAAAAAAAGCAGUUCCUGACUCAGGCUUAAGGUUUUAACUGUGAUCUACUUCACAUGAUUAUUGUUCAGUUGUUAUUGAUUUAAUGGUACCGGUUGCGAUCAUUAGAUUCUGUUUUUGGGUAACUUAGUUUGUUUAGUUAUUCAUUAACCCUACUUAUAGGCAUUAUAUUAGAUGUUAUAAAGUUUGAGGGUUUGUUUUGCUACGGCAGCAGGAGUGUGUCAAGAGGGGUAGCAAGGGGUGGUAUAGCCCUUUACCCCCCACAGAAAUAUGAUCUGCCACCUCAGGCGCCACCCCAAGAAACCUUAAACUUUGAUUAGAUAGAUACAAAAUUUAUAUUUGACUGAACUUGAUGGACUUUUCUUGCAGCAGGCUACCAGUAGCUUCACUUCAAUGUAGCACAUUUACUUUUGUUUGUACUUGUGAAAACUAAAACUAAAAUGAUUCUGUUUUAUGAAAUGUGCAAAGGAGGGGGGAGAAAAUUGCGAGCAUGUUUUAGUACCCAAUAUAUGUCACCAAUGAAUGUGUUUUUAACUACAGGCAGGUAAUUGUUUGCAGUUUUUUAAGUGCUUUCAAUUUGACUAUGUAAGAUUUAAAUGUUGCCAUUUAGUUGUGCUGCAUCUUAAAGUUGAAAAAUUUUACUUUGAAUUUCCUUAUCUCUAUGAAUCUUGAUAUGUUAAAGCUCCCGUGAAAAAGUUUUAUUGUUUGGCGCCCCCUGUGGACUGUAGUAGUAGUAGUAGUCUUAUGUUGUCCUUUACAUGCUGAAAAUGUGUCUUCUGAUGAAAAUUCACAUGUUGAUGUUUUUCACUCAUUGUAAGAAUUAUAUGUUAAUUAUAAAAACCAGGGCUGUUUCCACAGCCGCUCAAUCACACCUACCCCCUCAAACCAGUUCAGGCAUUAUAAUUGCUAUAUACAAAUUCACCUAUGGUCUUGUUUGCUUUUAAAAAUCAUGAAAAACUAGUAAUAUUGAUUGAAGUGUAUUUCACUAAUGUCUAAGGAGCCUAACAGGAGCUUUAAAGUAUGUAUGCAAACCAAAGAAAAACAGGGUGCUAAUACUUUACGGUCCCCUUUUUAAUUUCCUUGAGAGAACCUUUUCAAAAGGAUGAAUAAAGUUGUAUCUAACCUAAUUGAAUCAUAAUUCAGAGCUCUAGCUGGGCCCCCUGGUUAAAAAAAAAAACCUUGACACACCCCAUGUAGCAGCACACUGAGGCCAAAAUCAUGAUAUCAGAACACCAAGGCUUCUAAAAACAUUCAGAAUUACAUACUUCAAUUUGGAACUCUUCAACAAAUAAGAUAUUGAAGGAUUGAACAAGUAUGACAAAUGUGAAUGAGAAUAAAGAUAUUGUACUGUGAGUUUUGACUCCAUGUUUGACAAAAAGUGGACAUUUACUCCUCAAAAAAGUCAAACCACACCAAGUAAAUGUCUCAAAUCUUAUUAAAUAUAUGUCAUCCCAUUUAUCAUAAGCCGCACUGACCUGUCAAGUCAAGUAAUUAUAAUUGGUAUAACAUUUUCUCUCACAGCCUUUUAAAGGAUCUUUGCUUGCUGAAAUGGGAGCUAUUUUUACUGAUUACUGUCAGUUAAUACCUUGUAAUAUCUAAAAUUAGAUUUAUAUUUGGACCACACAGGUCAAUAUGACAUAUAUUAAGGUAUAUUUAGGUAAAUCUGAGUUUUUGCUGUGUACGGAAAAUUAAAUGCCCCAAAGACCCAAAACUGGAGACAAAAGGCAUAAUCAGCGGCAAACAUAGCAUCUCAUUUAGUGUGAUGAUGCAGGUUGGAUUUGCAUGAUGGCUGCAUGCUGCAAACACACUUUUAACACAAAUACACUGUCUUUUUGAUAAAUUUAAAUGUCUGUCUGAAAUGUCUGUUUGUGGGAUCCGUACACUGACUGAUCUUACAGUUCCACCUUUAUUGUCUUUUAAUGUUGUUAAUCAUUCACUGACUGGUUUCACUUUUACUUACCCCAUUCCCAUCACUGUGUGUAGUCCAAGCAGAAUCAGUAAAACUGUCUCCAUGUUUCCUUUUCUUACAGUGUGUGCUUAAAAAAACCUGAUUAGGAAAAUGUUACAUUAAAAAAAGGUCCAAAAUACAUCAAAUCCAUUGUAUAUUUGGUGCUGGAAAAACAACUAAAUAGCAAAUUUUUUUGACAGCAGCAGAAUUUUUUUUUUUUUUGCAUUUACUAGGAAAAGUCAAGACACUUUGAUUGCUCAUGAUCAUAUCAUUGGAAAUAAUUAAGGUAACAUUUAUUUCCUCACGACUUUAUCCAAUCUUUCUUCCUCAAUUGACAAACUAUGCACUUACCUUUAAAGUGCUUUGAAAAGUCUUUGUAUUUUUGCCAUAAAAAGUCCUCGGCUUGUUGAUCAAUGUUAGACACCUUUAUGGGUUUCUGAUUACUACUGUUUUUUUUUUCUUUUCUGUCUGACAGUAAACGAUACGGUCCUCACUGAAGUAACUCUUUGCCCUGUGGAGUGAAAGGAGCCCCAGAUGUAUAGUUUUAAAUGUGGGGGGCAACUCAGAGGAUGUACAGUAGCAUCUGAACCUGCUGCCAUUGGACAUACGUGGUAAGGUCACAGCUGGCGGGACAGGCAUUGGGCACCGGACCAGUGACGGACACAUCCUCUGAGUCUGCGGUUUGCUGGCUGUAAGUGAUAGCGGGGGUGGUGGAGUCUCAGCCUCAGGAUAAAGAGAUGUUUGUCAGAGCCUAAUCCUGUAAAGAGAGGCGUCUCAGGAGGCAUGAUGGGGGCGUUUAUUCAAUGAAGCGUGUCAACAGACAUGGGGUCUGGAGGCUUUUAGACUCACCAGUAUCUCAAGUCUGUCCUCCUGACCCUGGGAUGAGGAGCCUCAAACACAGCUGUCACCAAACUCUUUGCGUGAACACAGAGGACAAGAAGAUAGUUGUGUCACAAGGGUUUACUUGAACUGUGUGUCACAAUUUACUUUUCCAACAUGUAACUCCUUAGAAAGUUUCCCCUGCUGACUUUGAGACUUGGUACUUGAUAGAGAUAGCAGAGAGCUGAGUCACCUUGCUAGUUGACUUCAGUAUUUUGUAUGGGAAGUAAAAGGGGGAUAAAGGGGGACAUUUGGGAAGCCUGUUUAUUAGUUAGAUUGUAAAAGUAACUGAGAAGGAUUCUAUUAAUUCAGCGCUUUUAAAAACAUUGGGUUACUUAGUCACUAGCUUAAAAGUAAAAGAAAAAUGCAAGAAAAAAGAUCGAUUUUGCGGUUAUAUUGAUCGAUUUAGAACUGCGAUUUUGUCACAUCUGCCUCACAAAAACUAAUAAAGUCAGAUCUUUUCAUUACAUCUGUUUCCUUUCACUUAGUUUCGUGGAAUCUUUGUCAGACAGGACAAUUUAAGAGAGAUGCUAGGGAAUCCAUGUGCGUGUGGAUCAGCCUGAACCAAGCACCAAUCACUUUAGACAGCAGCCAGGGAGGCCAAUGUUGGCUUACUUGGAGAUCCAAGUGAACAUCCACUACAACAAAGUGGAUUUUCACAUUCUACUUCUGAACUGAACUCGAAUCCAGCAGAAGGUUGUACGUUUAGGGAAGUGGCCAGCCUGGACACCAAUGCAAAGACUGCCCAGACAGUCCUUGGAUAGGACCAGCCAGAAAUUUGCCCUAGUGGGCCAACAAUAACUGUUACGAUACAUUAUCAAGACCAUACCUUUAUGUUGGACUAGUCGUGCAUUGGGAGACUGAUUGUAGGCAGUCAGGGUGUAGAACAAAUGCGAAAGUACCACAGUAUUUGAGAAGAGAAGGGCAAAGCUGAGAGUCAAACAGUUUCUUAUCUUAAAACAACAAAGAUUAGCCCUGACCCCUCAGCAAAUCUUUUUAAACAUGGCUUUUAAAUUUUAACAGAUGAUUAAAAUUGUCACCAGAUACUAAACCUAUGUCAAUUGUUUAAUGAGUUUACCUUUAAGUUUGACACUUAGCAGUUCUAUUACCGAUACUAUUUAGAGGGGAAACGAAUCAACAGUGUUUCCUUAGUGUUUGUCGCACAACAGGUACCAAGUCAUGAUUUUCCUCAGUAGCUUAUCUGGAACAGCACCACAGGUAUUUUUAUGGGUGGACAGCAUUCCUCUGUCCAAAUCCCCAGCCAUCUCAACCAAAACAUCUGACUUUGUAAAAGAAUGUCACACUCUGACAGGAAAGCUUUUUUAAUGGUUAACUCAGAUGUUUGUUUGUUCUUAUUUUGGCUUCAUUCAGUAAUCACUUGGAGAAUAAAAGUACAAAGUUCUACCUUGACAUGAUAAAUAUUUGAAGUAAUAAAACAUUAACUAAAACCCUAAUCGUCAUUGAUGUAUUAUUGGUGUUCAAGUCAAGUUAUUUGUUAGUUGCAUUUAAUGACUUAAUUGCACGUUUAAGUUUCUUAUAUGGCUUUUUUUAAACUGCCUUAUUUCAUUUCCUCAUGCACUUUAUCUCCAGUGAAAGGCACCUCACAAACUGUGUUGUUAUUGAAAAGGUUCUGUGCAAAUAAAGUUGCCUUGGCACCUGCAGGAUUAUCAGAUAGAGCACCUGUUUCAUCACAUUUACAACCCUUUCUCGGCCAAUCAGUUUCAGUCUCCGCAAAGAAGGAGGUUAAAUAUAAGCACCAGUUCAGUGAUUCUUGUUUCUCCAAGGUAUUUUCUCCAGUUGUUGAAAUAGAGAGGACUAGUCUGAUGUACCUUAGUCAAUAGAUCACUUCGAUCGAGACAAUCACUGAAGGUAAGGUAUCUAGAGUGUUUUUUUUAACCAUUUAUCUCAAAAUGAUUAGUGAAAUGCUAAUAUGGGAACAUGAUUUAGCUUGACAUGACUUGAAUGGUUUGCAUGAAGAGCAAGACAGUAAUUUUAAACACACUAACAAAUUUACCUUGAAAAUUUUAAGUUUGAUAUUCUAUGGUUUACAAGGUCAAAAUUGAAUUGUCAAAAUGUCUACCUCAUCUCCUCAUGGUAGCAAUACAGGAUCAUAGAUAAAUAACAAAAAACACUGACUAAAUGUUCAGGAUUUUUCUCCCUUUAUCAUUUUAAGAUUUUUAUCUGCAAUCCUGCUUAGAUCUUGACUUCUUCUGGACCAGGAUACUCUUGAUUUUUCUUGCACUACAGCACAGUCAUCCUCAGACCUUGGCACAUACACUCGUAACACUAUGGGGGUGCACUAUCAGUGUUUCAGUGACAGAGUUUACUUUCUAUUACGAUGCAUACAUCCGUAACACAUUUGACUCUUAGAUUCUGCCAUUUCAAGGUUUAUAUUUGUGCUUGUUACUCUUUGUCUGCUAUGUGUAACAUUCAGAGGGGUGGAGGGAAGUACUGAAGUCAUCUGUGUUGGUGCAUGUGGAGCUUAUUCACCUGCACUCUUACAACAAUGUUAAGUAAUGUGAAAUCACACGCUGGGACAUGAAGGAUAUGCCAUUGCAGUGUUCAGUGCAUAAUUACAAGGGCCUACGGCAUAACUCCAUUUUAGUGCUGUUGCAAGAAGUAUAAUGUGUAACACCUCUGAUACACAUAACUUCGUUCUGCUAAUACACCUCUGUGCAUAGUACAUUGGCAUAGCAGAAGUAAAUAUCCAACCAUGAAAUAACAGUAUGUAAGAGCCAAAGGUUGACUCCAUCCAACUGAGAAGCUUUGAACAAUAAACUCUUGAAGUUUUAUUAGGGUGAAAACAUCUAAUAAUUAAAUCUUAUUUGGUUUUAGUUUCCUUUAAAUAGUAUGUUUUCCAGCUAUAAUUUGAUCAGAUUUCUUCGAUCUAUUGGGCACUUGUGGAUUUAAAGGAGUAAAUAUAAAUCAGUAAAACUUCAGAUUGGUUUGGUUAAGGCUUGAAUAAAAUUUAGAUAUGUAGAAACAGUGUUUAUUUUCUUUCACAACAGUCCUGGGAAAUUCGCUUCCAUUUCUAAAUAAAUCAUUAUCAUUUCUUCAUUUUUUUGCAUCUACAGUUCUCUUCUCAUUACAGCCAUGAGGCUCCUCUGUCUCCUGCAGCUGGUCUGCUUGACUGCCUGUAGUGGCUCCAGAUCCAGAGACUGGGCCCAGCAUGGUGCCCCCAUGUUUGCAGACCUCACAGUGCGUGAGUUGAAAGCUGUUCGGGCUUACUUGCAUGGUAUCCCAGGGCUGGAGCUCACUGAUGCCACCAGCAAGACUCUGCAGAAAAACAGCAUCCUUCUGAUAGAACUCCAUCUUCCAAAGAAGCAUGAAGCCCUCCGAGCUUUGGACCGUGGACAGGCCAAACCCCCUCGCCAGGCCCGUGUGGUGGUCCAGUUUGGUAACCAGACCAAGCCCAACAUCACUGAGUACAUUGUAAGUCCUCUGCCAUCUCCAGACUCCCAUGAAGUCAAGACAUUCAAGGGAAACAAGCCUAUCUCAUUUGACUCAAGGCCUAUUACUCAGUCCGAGUACUACCAUCUUGAGCAGUUAUUGGGAGAAAUUGCGACCAAAGCCCACAAGGUCUUGUUUGAGACCACAAGAGGGUUUUCUUUCACUAACUGUUCUGACCGCUGCAUGACGUUCUCAGACAUUGCCCCACGUGGGCUGGGUCCAGGUGAGAGGAGAACCUGGAUCAUGUUGCAGAAGUCUGUAGAGGGAUAUUUCAUCCAGCCAGUUGGGUUUGAGGUGCUCAUCAACCACAGGGAUGUAGAUCCAGAAAAGUGGACUGUGGAGAAGGUCUGGUACAAUAGUGUGUACUUUGAUAGUGUUGAGGAACUGGUGGAAAAAUAUGAAUCAGGAGAUGUAGAGAAAAUCCAACUGCCUGAACAUGAUGACAAUGACCUCUACUCCACCUACAUCCCCAGGGGAAAGAGCAACACUCCCUCUGAUAUUCAUGGUCCCAAACUGGUGGAGCCUCAGGGACCUCGCUAUCAUGUUGACCGGAAUUUUGUGGAAUAUGCCGGAUGGUCCUUUGCCUACCGUGUCCGCUCAUCAGCUGGGCUCCAGGUUUUUGACCUCCGUUUUAAUGGGGAAAGGAUAGCAUAUGAGAUCAGCCUUCAAGAAGCUAUUGCCUUUUACUCCGGUGACACCCCUGCUGGCAUGCAAACAAAGUACAUCGACGCUGGCUGGGCCAUGGGUGCUUCAAGCUAUGAGCUUGCACCUGGAAUCGACUGUCCAGAAAUUGCACGCUAUGUUGACCUUUACCACUAUUUUGACACUGACAAACCUCGACUCCACAGAAAUGCUCUCUGUAUCUUUGAAAUGAACACAGCUACUCCUCUGAGGAGACACUUUGACUCCAACUUUGAGGGGGGAUACUUCUUUUACGGAGGGCUGGAAAACAAUGUGCUAGUUUUGAGGACAACCUCAACAGUUUACAACUAUGAUUACAUCUGGGACUUCCUCUUCUACCAGAAUGGAGUGGUGGAGGUAAAGGUCAGUGCUACUGGAUAUAUCCAUGCUACUUUCUUCACUCCCAAUGGACUUCACUACGGUACCAAAGUGUACAACCAUGUGCUGGGUAACCUGCAUACACAUCUAAUCCACUAUAAGGUGGAUCUGGAUAUUGCUGGUGAGUGAAAUGUUACACUUUGAUAUGAUAUGAUAUGAUAUGAUAUGAUAUGAUAUGAUAUGAUAUGAUAUGAUAUGUACAAUUGCAAUAUGAUACAAUAUGGUAUAUGUUCAAGUACCAUAAAAUAUGUUACAAUGGGUUACAACACAACACAGUAGAAUGGACAUAAUUUGAUAUAAUUUAUUAUGAUAACAUGAUAAAAACAAAGAUCCAAAAUAUUUUAUUACAAUUGGACCAAAUACAAUAAUAACAUUAUAUAAUCAAAUACUAUACAUUAUGGUAGGUUCAAAAACCAUAUUUUAUGAUGGUUCAAAUACUGAAUGGUACAACACAAUACAAUAUGACACGGUACACUUCCAUACCUUGUCAUACCAUACAAUGUGACUUAAUAUGUUUAUUACAAUAUGAUACUUUAAAACAGGAUAUGCUUACGUACCACAGAAUUUGGUAUAUGUUUAAAGACUAUGUUAAGAUGAGUUCAAAUAAAAUUAUUCAAGUUGACUAUGAAUUAUGAAACUAUAGAUUUAGAUUGAAUGUGAUUUGGAUGUGAUACAGUAAAAUGAGGUUGAAAUUAAACACAAUCUGAUAGGUAUAAACAUGAUAUGAUUGGUUCACAUUCAAUACAUUGAUUAUUUUCAAAUAAGAUAUGACAGGUAUGAAUUUGAUUCAAUUGGUUACAAACAAAAUAGGUGUGAAAGAUUCAGAACAAAACUUCAGGUUUAAAUACAGUUUAUGAUGACCUACCAAAAGGUGAAAUUUAAAUUUAGAGGUUUUAAAGAGAAGUGCUGACAAAUUAUUUCUUUGUUGGUAACAAGGAUUUUAAGGACAGCUGCAGAAAUGAAAGGAAGCCAAGAAACCUUGUUUUGUCUUUGAUUUUAUUAAAGCAGCCCAGAUAAAAAAGCUUACUGGACUUUGACCUGUCAUAAAGGGAGAGUCUUGGCCCAACAAGCCUGCGUCACUGUGUAAUACUGAAAGUCUGAUUAAAGCCGUGCCACACAUAGAUCAUUAACUUUGUUCACUAAAAUCUGAUGGUUUGAUUGCUUUUCAUUUGAGUCAGGGCUAUUUAAAAGAGCAAGCCAAAAGAGGCAUCUUUAAUUUCUGAUGUUUAACUGAAAACUCUUCAUUGUAAUGCAGGUCGAGACAACAGCUUCGAGUCAAUAGAUCUGAAACUGGUCAACUUCACAAACCCAUGGAGUCCAGAACAUUUUGUCGUCCAGUCCAAACUCCACAGAAAAGAGCACAAGACAGAGAGAUCUGCUGCUUUCCGCUUCGGCAAAAAGUUCCCCCGCUAUGUGCACUUUUACAACCCUACUGAGAAGAACAAAUGGGGGCACGAGAAGGGUUAUCGCAUCCAGUUUAACUCCCAUGCUCACAGUGUCCUUCCAAGAGGCUGGAGAGAGGAAAACGGCAUCAGUUGGUCGAGGUAAUGUAAUAUUUCCUCAUGUUCUUAGGAAAUCUCUGACAAAAGACACAUCCCUUCACAUAUUGAUAAGAGUACAUUGUGACCGCUAUUAUGAAACACUCUCUGCAGGUAUCCUCUGGCUGUGACCCGCCAUAGAGAUAGUGAAGCCACCAGCAGCAGCAUGUAUGCCCAGAAUAACCCCUGGGAUCCAGUUGUUUCCUUUGAAGACUACAUCCGCAACAAUGAAGAGAUAGUCAACCAGGUGAAAUUUCAAACUUUAUUUUUGACUAGACCCACAUUUUAGAAGAGGGCCUGUGACUUUGUCCUGCUGAUAAAGUCAAAAUGAAAGCCUCCAGUCUUUAGAAAAAACAAACAAAAAAAAAACAAAACAUGAUACUACAGGGGAAAGUGACCCGACAGCCUGAUGACAGCCUUUGUUGGGAAGUUUCAAAUGGUUUCUGGGAAAGGCGUCUUUCAUUUUCGGGAGUGGGGUGUUUCAUAUGCAGGGUACAUCAGUAGUUUAAAUUUGGUGUUCAUUCAAGAAUAUUUUCACCUCUCAUAGUCACUGGCUAUCAUGGUAACUCUGAAUUGCUGACAUUUCAUCAGCUUGCACCAUGAAUUUAGAUACAAACAUCUUUUAGGCGUCCUACUCUCCUUUAAUGUGCUGUUUACUCUCCUGUGUGUAGGACCUGGUUGCCUGGGUGACGGUGGGCUUCCUGCAUGUGCCUCACUCAGAGGAUAUCCCCAACACAGCAACUCCUGGCAACGCCGUGGGCUUCUUCCUACGACCUUUCAACUUCUUUGACGAAGACCCUUCACUGGCAUCUAAAAGCACCAUUAUAGUCCGGCAGGGCAAAGCUGGCAAGCCCAAGGUCCAAAGGUGGACGCCUGAGGUUGUAGGUCACUGUGUGACAGACAAGCCUUUCUUUUACAAUGGCACUUAUCCAGGAGUGUAAGGUGUUUUUCUUCCUUUUUUUUACAGUUCAUACAUAAUUUCACUGCAUCUUGGUAAAAUGUAAAGAAGAAGCGAUGAUAAAAAAGUGUUUUGGGAUGUACAAGUCUGUUUUUAUUUUCUCAGAAAUGAAAAAAAGUACAAUUUGGAGAAAUCUUAACUUUAUUUGUAAUUUCUGUGGCUGGGAAACAAAGAAAACCAAAGAUUUGAAGCAAAACAGAAUUUAUAAGGGUAGAGCUGUUUCUUUUUUUAUUACUUUGGUAGACCAUAUGUCUUGUUAAAAUUCUUUUGUUCUAUAAACUUGUUCAACAGCUUGGCUAUUACCUGUAUCUCUUUUGUGUUUUAUGCCUUUUACACCGAGACAAACGUGGACUAAAAACCAAAUCAUUCACAAAGUUAAUUUCGAUGUUGUUGGUAUUGCUGGACAACCAAUCAAACUAUACAUGUAACAUGGUAAGGAGAGGAGGAUGUGGUGUGAUAAGAGGAGGCUGGAGAUCUUCUGUAAUCCUAUGUCGCGUCUCCAUGACUGAGGUUUAGCAGCAGCGAGCAUCCAGGAUGCAGGAUGCUCUGAAUCCGCCCUGCAUGUGGUAAACCGCUAGCUCUCAGCGUGCUCUGCUCACCCCCGCUACGGGAAUGUUUUUACUGGAAAGACAACAGGCCUUACAGAGCAAACAGCCUGAUUCCGGUUCCUUCCCCACCAAACAGGAUACCUCCUGACUGUGUCGUUGCCCCUGGAAACCAAACUUUACAUACAAUGUGAUGCCUGAUAUCAGCUGCUCAUGUAACUGCUUUGUCCUUUAUGCAAACAUUCCUUACAUAGUUACGUUACAAAACAGUUACCCAACUAAAUGUAUUACAAUAAAACCAAACUUUGAUCUCA